AGCUGUGAAGGCGCUGGCGGUGGAGGUGGGGACGACUGGGGCAGCAGCAGCGGGGCUGGAGGCUGCUGCUGCGGGGCUGCAGGUGUUGCGGCUCAGGUCUCAGCGUGGAUUGGAGGCAUUUUGCGGUAUGAGCGUGUUUGGAUUGGACGGCGUGUUCGCCGCCUUGCAUCCGGCCGUCCGGCAGGCAUGGGACGGCGCCUGGGAGCCCAGCGCGUGCGGCAUCGGGCUGAGGCGGCUGGAGUGGCUGCUGGCGCUGGGGGAGCAGCUGGACUUCCCGGAGGUUGAAUUUCUGCUGGGGUGACGAGCCGUACUGGAGGCUGUGGUGACAAGCGCCACGCCGGUAUACGGAGUACGUGGUGGCGGGCCGAGCACCGGUAGAUAGCAGCUGGUGGACUGACUGGGGGCUAGGGUGAACGGGUGACAACUACCGGUACUGUAUCAGGUUGGGUAAUCAUGGAAGCGAGGCGCGGGUAGGCGGGGGUGAUGCACCCGGCUGGAGGCGAGCAGCAGGACGACGUGGGCAGCAUGCAUGCGGGCGAUGGCCGGUGAACUGGAUUUGAGUUGGCAAGGCACAUGCAUUAGAGGAGGAGGCGGGUUGCCGCAUAGCAAGUGAGGGUUAUACCGCUACCGAGUCGCGUUGGAGAGGGUGGUCGGGCUGUCAACGAGCUGAAUGAAGCUGGCUAUGACGUUUGUCUAUGUAUGAUGUCGAGUGGCGUCGGGUCAAGGAGUGGGGCCCCACAUCGCCACACGUGCUCGGGCAUGGCAAGAAGGCCGAAAUAAGUGUGAGGCUAGCCGAGGCGGGUUUCAAGGAGCACUGCGUACAUGUCCUUUUCCGUGCAUUUACAUUCUUACAUGUGUAUCCGUACAUGUUUAUCCGCAUACAACUUUAUCCGUUCAUGUGGGAAAUGGCACUCAGGUGUGGGAUAAAAGCUGUGUGCGAGUGAACCGACCGGGCUGUAAUGUUGGCUGGCUGGUUGUUUGCGGGGUGGGGUGUAACAACGGUCCUGAAAAGGCCUCCUAGGAUGCUGUGUAGCCGUAAUGAUUGGUAUUUGUAGCACCCUCGCUACAUGGGGUGGGGUGGCGUCGAUGGGUUACUCGACCGAGUCUUAACCUUAAGGCGGCUGUUGGCGGCACUCUCGCACACCACGAUGUGGUUAGUCCUUUCGCGGCCGUUGUGCUUGGCUGUGCGUGGGUACUGGUGGGUGGUCGGCCUCUGUCGGAAAUGCUUGCCUUACUGUUUGGGAUUUUUGUUGGGGAGGGGCAUGCGGCCCCAAAUACAAUCCAUAAACACUGUAAAGCGCUAACGCGCUUGCAGAUCACCGGUAAGGGACAAUCGUAAGCCCCAGGUCACAUAUGCAGCUGCAACGAGGCCGCAUGACAUCCACAAUUGCCACUACUGCCGCCUUCGCCAGCCCUACCGUCGUUUCACCCAAUUGUACAUGGGAAAACCCUCUCUCAUCCAUGUUUGCAUGCAUGCACGGCUGGCGGCCACCACUUCUGACGUACACGCGCCCUGCAUGUGGCAUGUGGUAUUAUCUGUCGCUAUCAUUGGCCAAUUUUUCAACAUCA